UAUAAAGAGGAAGAAGAAGGAGGAGAAGUUAGAGUUAGUGCAUUCCCAGUUAACACACCACUUCUUCUAUCUCUCUCUCUCUCUCUCUCUCUCUCUCAGUAUCUUUCUCUAUCAAAGCAGGCUAGAAAAUAUUCCAGCAUCAAGAACCUGAUAACUAAAUAAAUAAAUUAAACGAUAUUAUAGUGUUAUAAAGUUUUUAUAGAAAACCCAAAAACCAAAACAACUUUCUCUCUAUCAUAUCCUGAGUUUCUCUCUCUAUAACAUAGCCAUAAUAUUAUUAUAUAGGUUCUAAUAUAUCUGCAAUUUCAAGAACUAUUCUCUAUAUUUAUUCGUUUGUUGUGCUUUGUGUUUGUUCUUCGUUUGUCUACAUUCAUGAGUCUUGAUCGAACUAUUCUCUCUCUCUCUCUCUAUACAUAAAUAAAAUAAUCUAUGUAUAUAAGAACAAAAACUUUUAAGACUUCCAAUGGACCCUUGAUUACUUUUUCUGUUAAAUCUUUUCUUUUGUAUUUUGUGUAAACUGGGGUGGUUGGUAGUUAUUCUUAUUGUUAAUUUAUCCAUCUGGGUCCUCUUUAAUUUUGCUUCAAAAAAUGGAACUUUGAGUAAGUUUCAUUGAGCAUACCUGGCUUGUAAUGGAUCUUGAAGGUGUGAUUCAUGACAAUCCAAUCAAGAGAGAUUCGUGGAAGACAGUGUUAACUUUGGCAUAUCAGAGUUUAGGUGUUGUUUAUGGAGAUUUAAGUACUUCUCCAUUAUAUGUGUAUAAAAGCGCUUUUGCAGAGGAUAUACAGCAUUCGGAGACCAAUGAGGAGAUUUAUGGAGUUUUAUCCUUCGUAUUUUGGACAUUGACACUAAUCCCAUUAGUUAAAUAUGUUUUUAUUGUGCUCAGAGCUGAUGAUAAUGGUGAAGGUGGUACUUUUGCUUUGUAUUCGUUACUUUGCCGCCAUGCCCGGGUUAGUUCCAUACCCAAUUGCCAGCUUGCUGACGAGGAGCUAUCAGAGUACAAAAAAGAUGGGUCUGUUUUCAAUGAUAAAAGUGGUAUUGGGUCUAGUUUGAAAUCAACUUUGGAGAAGUGUAGAAUAUUGCAAAGGCUGUUGCUUGUUUUGGCUUUGAUUGGGACCUGUAUGGUCAUUGGGGAUGGAGUGCUUACACCGGCAAUUUCUGUAUUUUCUGCUGUGUCAGGGCUGGAACUAUCCAUGUCGAAAGAGCAGCAUCAGUAUGUUGAGCUGCCAGUUGCUUGUGCAAUACUUGUAUUCUUAUUUUCCCUCCAACAUUAUGGGACCCACCGGGUAGGAUUCCUCUUUGCGCCGGUCGUGAUUACAUGGCUGUUAUGCAUAAGUGCUAUUGGUGUGUACAAUAUUUUGCACUGGAAUCCCCAUGUUUACCAAGCACUCUCCCCAUACUACAUGUACAAAUUUUUGAAGAAGACCCAGAGGGGAGGUUGGAUGUCAUUAGGUGGAAUCCUGUUGUGUAUAACAGGCUCAGAAGCUAUGUUUGCAGAUCUUGGUCACUUUUCACAGUUGUCAAUUAAGAUUGCUUUCACCUUUGUGGUUUACCCCUCAUUGAUACUGGCAUAUAUGGGGCAAGCUGCUUAUCUUUCUAAGCAUCAUAUUAUUGAAAGCGACUACCGGAUCGGUUUCUAUGUAUCUGUACCUGAGAAAAUAAGAUGGCCUGUUCUGGCAAUAGCUAUUCUUGCUGCAGUGGUAGGAAGUCAAGCCAUCAUUACUGGAACAUUUUCAAUUAUCAAACAGUGCUCGUCACUUGGUUGCUUUCCAAAGGUCAAAAUUGUGCACACCUCAUCAAAAAUGCAUGGCCAGAUUUACAUUCCAGAGAUCAACUGGACAUUAAUGCUGCUAUGUCUGGCUGUCACUGUUGGUUUUAGAAACACAAAACACAUGGGAAAUGCAUCAGGUUUGGCAGUUAUAACUGUAAUGCUGGUAACAACCUGCCUAAUGUCUCUGGUCAUGGUCUUAUGCUGGCACAAAAAUGUCCUUCUAGCAAUUUGUUUUAUAUUCUUCUUUGGUUCCAUUGAGGCUCUCUACUUCUCAGCAUCUCUUAUUAAAUUCCUGGAGGGGGCCUGGGUACCUAUUGCCCUCUCAUUUAUCUUCCUCGUUGUUAUGUAUGUUUGGCACUAUGGAACACUCAAGAAAUAUGAAGCGGAUGUUCAAAAUAAGGUCUCUAUCAACUGGCUUCUCAGUCUAGGUCCCAGUCUUGGAAUAGUCCGGGUCCGAGGGAUUGGUCUCAUACAUACUGAGCUUGUCUCUGGAAUCCCAGCUAUAUUUUCCCACUUUGUCACAAACCUUCCUGCUUUCCACCAGGUCGUAGUCUUCCUCUGCAUCAAAUCUGUGCCAGUGCCGCACGUUAGACCUGAGGAAAGGUUCUUGGUGGGAAGAGUUGGUCCUAAGGAGUACCGUCUCUACAGAUGCAUAGCACGAUAUGGUUAUCGUGAUGUUCAUAAGGAUGAUAUGGAGUUCGAGAAAGAUCUUGUUUGUAGCAUUGCAGAAUUUAUCAGGUCAGAAAAACCUGAAAGUGAUAUAGGAAUAGAAGACGUAGGGGAGUAUGAGAAAAUGACAGUUAUUGGGACACUAUCAUCCUCUUUUGAAGGCGUAAAAAUGCGCGAAGACGAUACAGAUUCCUCUGAUAUGGUAGGAACUUCAGAGGUGAAAGAGAUACAGGCUCCUCAGAGGUCAAAAAAGAGGGUGAGGUUUGUUGUUCCUGAGAGCCCGCAGAUGGAUAGGGAUGUCCGAGAUGAGUUGCAGGAGCUAAUGGAAGCAAGAGAAGCCGGAAUGGCAUUCAUACUUGGACAUUCAUACGUGAGGGCUAAGAGAGGAUCAAGCUGGAUGAAGAAAGUGGUGAUUAAUUAUGGGUAUGAUUUCUUAAGAAAAAACUCCAGAGGACCGCGUUAUGCUUUGAGUAUACCUCAUGCAUCAACCCUAGAAGUAGGGAUGGUGUACUAUGUUUAAAGUUUCAGAUAUGAAGAAGUAUAGCUAUAAAAAGAAAAACAGAAAUUAUUCUGCAAUUUUUGGAGUGUUGCUGUAUAUGAUAAUGCAAAGUUAGUAUCUAAAUACUAUCUGAUGUAUUGUUGUA